AUGUCAAAGCGACCUCCAGGUUCGUUUUUUCGUGAUAGGAAGAAGAAGAUAGAAGCUGAAAAGUUAGAAUUAGCAAAACAGUGGGAAAAAAACGCGGAAAAACUGUCUGACGGUUCUUUAGAUGUUGAUGGCAACGAAAUAAAUAUUGAACAAAAUGAAAAAGAAAUAAAUAAGAAUACUUUUGAAGUAUCUUUAGAAUCUCAAAAUAAGUAUGAACAUUUUAAAGUCACUAAUUUUUCUGAAAUUUUGUUUGACAAUCCUCGUUCUUGGUAUCCUAUUAACGAUAAACUGCGUAGUAUACUUAUUCUUCAUGGACCAAAUCGUGGGAUAACAGCACCUAAACCAUUCAAAAAUCAUUGGUUUUUAAAACAAAUGAAUAACGGUGAAAAGUGUGAUAGAACAUGGAUGAUAUAUUCUGAACCCAAUGAAACUAUUUUUUGUUUUUGUUGUAUUUUAUUUGGAACCAAAUCAAGUGCCUUAAUAGAUCCUAAACAAGGUUUUACAAACUGGAAAAAAAUGGAACGUUUAAGGGAACAUGAAAAUUCUUCAGACCACGUUAAAAAUUUCCUCGAAUGGAAAAUUUUUGAAAAAAAAUUAAAAAAUGGUGGAGCUAUUGAUGACUGUUUACAAAAUUAA